CGCUUGGUGUAUCGCUUUUGCCGGUCUACCCCUGACGAUUUGUCCACGCCGUUAUCUGACCCGCGAUCAACGUCUAAGAUGCCGUCUAGACAGUCCACUGUUCUGAAUUUAGAUCUCAGCCCUUCCACUCUCCAAACGAGCGCAAAGACUUCGUCCCCACAUACACCUGGUGCAAGCUCAGAUGGGCCCAGUCCCCUGACGCCGCGAUCACCCAAAUCUUCCUCAAGUUCAACUUUCUUCAAGGGCACAACAAUCCGCUCUGUCACACAAGAAUCGAAUAGCAAAGCAAAUAGCCCCAUCCUACCAGUUUCCCCCGGCCUUACCGCAGAAUCACCUACUCAAGGCGUCACGGCCAUUCCUCAGUACCCUCCCUCGCCACGAGAUUCUCCUAAACACAGUCGUGACCCUUCUCGUUCGUUCUUUGCGAAUUUAAAGGCGCCGAAGGUUUCUCACAGGGCCCAGAGGUCGGAUAGCUCUGGAAAUUCGGGCGAUAAGCCUAGGAGCCGUGGUAGUUCUAGGGAUCGCAGAACGCAGAUAUCGUCAAAGCUGUACGAGUCAACUCCGGACCUUCCCGGUGCCAUUGAACGUGCGGCGCAACAAGAGAAUAACAGUCAUUCUUCCGACGACAAGAACGCGCAACAAGCGGAAAUCAGGCGAGUUGGGACGGAGUCUGAGUCUGGUCAUACUCUUAAGAAGAGCAAACCACGCUUUGCCAAUCUCCUUUCCCGCUCUCGGUCGAUCAGAUUGGACGACUCCUCUGUGAACAGGAUUGCGCAUAGGCGUCCGUCAACCAGCCUUAUGAGACUUGAAGAAAGCGCCAAGAGGGAGGCACAAACGCCCCCCAAAGCAGCAGAAGUCAAGCCCACAGGGAACCCUCAUGCCCGCAGCUAUACAAUUGACCGUCUUACGGAAGUCAACGGUGGCCCGAUACGGAAGGACAGAUAUGGCGGGUCAAUGGUUCCUUCGGCUUCCCUGAGUCAAGUAUCGGGCGCUUCAGCGGCGCUGUUCAAUAAUAUUAAGCAAUCAUCGAGUGGUGCUGCGGAUCGAAUUGGCAAGGCAGGAAAGGGAUUUUUUGGGAAGAUCACACGGAGUGGCAGUACCAAUGAGCGGGAACUCAUUAAUGAUGACAACUAUGUUUGCUCCGUGAUCAAUUUGCCGCUUAUCGAACAAGCCCGUCGAACCCGUAUCGCGAAGCGGCUUGAGGAUUGUAAGGAUAAGACUGAGUUUUGGAUGCCAGCUUUACCGUAUCGUUGCAUUGACUACCUCAAUUUUAAGGGCUGUGAGGAAGAGGGACUUUACCGUGUUCCGGGUAGCGGAAAAGAAGUCAAGCAUUGGCAACGGCGCUUUGAUACUGAGCUUGACAUCAACCUCUUCGAUGUACCGGACCUCUAUGACAUCAAUACGAUUGGCUCCAUGUUCAAAGCUUGGCUUCGAGAAUUACCCGAUGAGCUUUUCCCCAAAGAAACACAGGCCAUGAUCGCCGACAAAUGCGAGGGCGCAACCACUGCCCCACAGAUGCUCAAAGACGAGCUUUCAAAGCUACCCCCCUAUCAUUACUAUCUUCUCUUCGCCAUCACAUGUCACUUAAAUCUUCUGCAUUCCUAUGUCGAUCAAAACAAGAUGGACUAUCGCAACCUCUGCAUCUGCUUCCAGCCUUGCAUGAAGAUCGAUGCCUUCUGUUUCAACUUUCUCGUCUGUGACUGGAAAAACUGUUGGCAGGGUUGCUGGACAGAGAAGGAAUAUCUUCAGAUCGAAAAGGAAAUGGACGAAAAAGAAAGAUUAGCGCAUAUAACACAGGACAUUGGUGCGAAUUUUCCACAAGCCACGAGUGUGGACGAGAGAGCUAUCUCUUCUUCUGGUAGCAGCCAGCCUUCCAUUCAAGAGCAACCUUCUCGUCCUGAGACGGCUAAAGGCCGCAAGAACAAACCCAAGAACAUUGAGACGUCACAUACUAGGAGUAUUUCCCAGCUUCCUGAAUUAGGACCUCCGCUGUCUCCUAUUCAAAUAUGA